CUCGUCUCUCUCUCUCUCUCUCUCUCUCUUUCUCUCGUGUGAGUUUUCUGGUGAUGGAGUCCACAGUGAAGCAAGGCGUGAACGGAGGGCUCCGCCAUGCGACGGGUGACGAGGGCAAGACACAGGCCGGGGCGGGUCUUUCCGCCGGGAUCCUGCGACUGCUCGUCGUCGCCACGACGCUGGUCGCGGCGCUGGUAAUGGCCACGGCGUCCGAGACGCAGACGGUCAGCAUCGAGGUGGCUCCCACGCUGCCGCCGUUGCCUGUGCCGGUUACUGCCAAGGCCUCCUACUCCUCGGCGUUCGUAUACUUCAUCGUGGCCAACGCGAUCGCGUUCGCGUACUCCGCAUGGUCGCUCGCGGUCGUCGUCCUAAAAAGACGCAGCACGAGGGGGUCUAUUCUGCCCAUCUCCAUCUUGGACGCGGUUAUGGUGGGGCUCCUCUUCUCCGGCAAUGGCGCCGCCGCGGCGUUCGGAGUGUUGGGCAAGUACGGAAACUCCCAUGUCGGCUGGACCAAGGUCUGCAACGUCUUCGGCAGAUUCUGCGCGCAGGCAUCGGCUUCCAUCGUCGUCUCGCUGAUAGCCUCGGUCAAUCUGCUGGCGCUCGUCAUACUCUCGAUGGUUGGCCUCCACAGGAGAUCGUCGGCUUGAAGUUGGAGAUAGAGAGUGCGUCUUCUCGGAAACAUCGUCGUGUAGGGUGGCAUCACUGCUUCUUGCUUUGCAUGGACACCAUGAACAGCUGCUGCUUAGCAUUACAACGAAGUGACAUGCAACAAUUCCGCGGCAAGCAAUGCUUGGAUACAAAUUAGAUUUAAGGACGACAUGAUUUCCAGAUUA